AUGAUAGAUAAGACAAAGCGGGGGUGCGGUGCAGUUCGGGCGGUGAGGAGCAGUGCGGUGGUUGAGGAAUCGUUGAUACGUGCACAACAGAGCGUGCUGGGUGCCCGCGGUGUGGUGGCUGGGUGCACCCCUAAAGUCACGAUAUCGAUAGCCAGGGCCGGUUACCCUCAACACGGCAAAACUGUGUGGCAGAGCAGGCAGAGCAGGCAGCGGCAGUGCAGCGGCAGCGGCAACGGCAGAACUCCGACCGCAGCAGCACCAGUUGGAGUGGCGUCGGAGCCUCGCUGUCUCCUGCCGUUUACAACCUGCCAUGCCAUGCCACGCCACGCCACGCCACACCACGUCACGUGGCGCCUAGUUGGUCGUCUCGUCGGUCACCUCGAUCCGCAGCUUGCCGUUGAGACACUCCCUGAACAGUCUCCUGAACGGCGUGCAUUCGUACUUCGUCGCGGUCGUUGGCGACGAAGUAUCCGCGACCACUUCACACUCGUAUUGGACCAACUCCUUCAACGGACACUCGUCCAGGUUAAGAACACCUCUCUUUUGGGCAGCUUCUCCAACGUCGUCCUUAUUCAAUAUCUUAACAACUGGGGCCAUUGUGCACUGGUCUGGCUUGUAUGUGCUGUUGUUAUUUGCUUUAUGUACAAGUAUGCGAGUGUUUAUAUCUGUCUGGUCUCGUUUUUUGCUUUUCUUAAGCAUUUCGAGGAUGUCGCGUAUUUUUUUUACCACCCCCUCAGCAUAAAUUUUAUGAAGCUUUUGAAAUUUUAUACACACACAUAUAACUAA